GAUUCUGAGUUUCGCGCGUACCUGCACAUCACUGCGAUUCUCCGUUCCUCACUCUAGCGGAAAUCGUCUCGUUGUCAAUUUCCCGCCGCGACAAAUGCGUAAUUUAUCUGUUAGGCUGUUGGGUUCAGAUGAAACGAACCCUAGCCUGAAGAAGACCAGUUCGCUUCGGCGCCCAUUUAUAUACCGAAGCGGAUUGCAGGAGGAGAAUUCAGGUAGAGAAGCGGUGUGGAGCAAUAGCUACAGGGAGGAGCAAGUUUUGAGAAGAGAAUAUGGAUCGGUAUAGGAUGGUAGAGAAGCCAAGGGAGGAAACGCCUUGUAAAGAGAAUGAAAUCCGAAUAACUGCUCAAGGAAGGAUGUCUGGCUAUAUUUUUUAUGCCACUAGCUUGCUUCAGGAAAAAGGCUCAAAUAAAGUUGUCUUCAAUGCAAUGGGGAGAGCCAUUAAUAAGACUGUCUUGAUUGCGGAGCUGAUGAAGAGAAGGAUUGAUGGUCUUCAUCAAAAUACUGCCAUAGGAUCGAUAGAAAUAACUGAUUCAUGGGAGCCAUUGGAGGAAGGCUUACUUCCACUGGAAACUACAAGGCAUGUGCCAAUCAUCACAAUAACACUCUCUAAGCAGGAGCUUGAUAACUCUUCUGUUGGAUACCAAUCUCCUUUAAGUGCAGAACAGAUGAAACCAUCCGCUCAAUAUGACAAUGAAGGAGUUAAAACUGCAAGCAAUCGGAGUAGAGGAAGGGGCAUAGGAAUAGGACCUGUUAUUGUGCAUUAUGGUAAUGGAGGCGGGGACAAUAAGGACCGUCGAUUUCGCUGGAGUGGUUCAGGCCGUGGCUGCGGUCAUGAUUUUGGAGGUUGUUUAUUCCAUCAGCUGGAAGUAAAUUUUCAUUUGGAGGAACCUCCUGCUCCUUUGAAGGGACAAGGUAGGCGACGGAACAGAGCUCUUAAUCAAGGAAGGGGUCAGGAUGCAAGAGCAAAUGGUCAUAUCAAAGCAGGCGCUGCUGAAGCUUAAUUGAUAACUCUUUAUUUGGGUCUGGCUAAACGUGGCAGAGGAGCUAUUAUGACUCUUAAGGACUAGUUAGCUCUCUUGGUAGUUUUUUCUUCGUAGUCCUGAUUUGAUAAAGAAGAAGGAUUGAUAGAACUAGCAAUAGUACUCAAACAAUGCGUAGCACAUUAUUUUAUUUAUUUUCUGAAGACUUUUGCUAAGACAUAUUUAACGUUUAAAGCUUGACAAAUAUCUUUU